AUGUGGCGACAAAUAGGAUUUUUCACAUUUUUGAUAUUUUGUCUGCAUUACGCUCAUGGACAAAAUAGGCCUGCUAACCUUGGUGACCUGAUCACUAUCAUCCGAUACCAGAAUUCCCCGUGUAAAGGAAUCUCUGGUGACGAGGGUAUCUGCCUGAGUGAUGCCAACGAUUGUGAACGAAGGAAAGGAACAAAUAUUGGAACCUGUGCUCGAGGACUCAGUACUUGCUGCCUCUCUAAAUUCACUUGCGGAGACAUCACUAGCCAAAAUGAAACUGUGUUUGUGAAUCGCAACUAUCCGAACCAGGAGAAUGGAACUGAUACUUGCCAAGUGACCAUCGAAAAGCCAGACAACGUUUGUCAAUUACGGCUAGACAUGCACGAAUUCUUUCUGUCAGAGCCAGACGAUACGGGACUUUGCACAACAGAUUCCUUCAUGGUGAGGACUACCGUUGGAGAACGAUUGCCCAUUCUUUGUGGAGAAAAUAAAGGACAACACUUGUAUGUCGAUAUGGGUCGGGGAUCUGGAAAUCCUGUUGUACUCAGCGUAGUCAGUAACGGAGACAAAAUGUCGAGGAAAUGGAAAAUCAAGAUUUCGAUGAUUGAAUGUGGAAGUCUUAACAUGGCACCUGCCGGAUGUCUUCAAUAUUUCCGUAAUCCUAGUGAUGUGGUGCGAAGCUUCAACUACGGCCCAAGGGCGGAAGGUCAAGUUCGAUACCUCAGCAAUCUUCGUUACACAUCUUGUGUUAGAGUGGAAGAGAAUUUCUGUUCCAUUAAAUGGGAAACAGAAACCAACGGUGCCUUCAGCUGGGGACAACCUCACGACGGUGGAGCCUCUGGUUCAAUCUGCAACGAAGACGACUUCAUUGGUGUUGACCAAGGAUCUGAAGAUGGAAUGGGACCAGGAGAAGACAGAUUCUGUGGCACUAGAUUACAUGAUCGGGACUUGCUUAUUUCCCGUAGCAAGCCAUUUAUGCUGCGCGUCAAGAGCAACUCAGACGCUACACCAAAUGCCAAUUUCUCUCAAUAUGGGUUUUCACUACGAUAUACCCAGCUACCAUGCAUGAUCUGAACAAACGGAAACGCUGACAACUUCUGAAUCUCAGGUCUCCGAUUUUUGAUUGUGUUCUGCACCGGAGCUGGAUUUCUCCGGCCGAAGAAAAAAUGGACUAUUUAUCAAAUUCAUUAUUUAAAAGACUCAUUCUUCAUUAUAAAACGUUCAUCAUUGUGUGUGAAAAUUUUGUGUCCUGAAUAAGUUGUCGUCUACAUCAUAAUGGAGUUGUUUUUACCCCUUUAGCUCUCAUUGCACUUUCGAAGAAUUUCCCUUCUUUGUCUCCAUUUUGAUUCAUUCCUCCGGAAUUCCAAAGAUUCAGACUUAUCCUAAUAAAUUACGCAAAAGAUUUUUUUUUAAAAGGUAUUAGGCUAAAUGAUACAAGGAAACAUUCCUUUAAAAUGGAAGAAGUUUAA